GUGACCAGAUCAUAUGACAGGCAGGCAGCGAGUGAGUGGUGCUGUGAACAUGGCUGGUUCACGGAGCUCUGUGCGUACCUGGAACUUCAUGGCAUCUCAUCAGGAACGCCUCGUCGUCUGUCUGUUGUUUUAUCUGCGGUUAACCUUGGUCCAUAGCCAGCGUGGAUCUUACGUGUUGGACGACCAAAAAGGACUGGGAAGACAGUUCGAUGGAAUCGGUGGUUUGAGCGGUGGCGGGGCGACUUCCCGUCUUUUGGUGAACUAUCCCGAGCCAUACCGUGGACAGAUACUGGACUACCUCUUUAAGCCUAAUUUUGGAGCAUCUUUAGAUAUUCUUAAAGUUGAAAUUGGAGGAGAUGCACAGACCACAGAUGGAACUGAACCGUCUCAUAAGCAUACUGAAGAAGAUGAAAACUACUUCCGAGGUUAUGAAUGGUGGCUGAUGAAAGAAGCUAAGAAGAGGAAUCCUAAAAUAAAGCUCAUAGGUUUGCCUUGGGCUUUUCCUGGAUGGGUUGGACGUGGAAAGAACUGGCCAUAUACCUUUCCUGAUGUGACUGCAUAUUACGUUGUGUCUUGGAUUAUUGGAGCCAAACAGUAUCAUGAUUUGGACAUUGAUUAUAUAGGGAUAUGGAAUGAAAGAAGUUUUGAUAUAAAAUACAUAAAGCUUCUCCGAUACACACUGGAUAAACAAGGUUUGGAGCGGGUAAAAAUCAUAGCCAGUGAUAACUUAUGGCAGCCAAUAACAUUCUCAGUGCUGCAUGAUGCAGAGCUUCAAGAUGCGGUCAGUGUGAUAGGAGUACAUUACCCAGGCACUUACACGGUUGAAGAUGCCAUAAAGACAAACAAAACUCUCUGGUCUUCAGAAGAUUACAGCACCUUCAAUGACAAUGUUGGCGGUGGUUGUUGGGCUCGGAUUCUUAAUCAAAACUAUGUAAAUGGACUAAUGACUUCAACUAUAUCAUGGAACCUGGUUGCUAGUUAUUACGAAGACUUGCCAUUUGGACGAGAUGGACUAAUGACUGCACAGGAACCGUGGAGUGGAAAUUAUGUUGUAGAGUCUCCUAUUUGGAUAACAGCUCACACUACACAGUUUACAGAGCCAGGAUGGUUCUAUCUUCAAACUGUUGGCCAUCUACAAAGUGGAGGAAGUUAUGUUGCUUUAACAGAUGGAUUAGGAAAUCUCACUGUCAUCAUAGAAACCAUGACCCGUAAUCACUCUGUGUGCAUAAGGCCACCAUUGCCAGCAUACAAUGUUUCUGCACAGACUGCCACGUUCUCUUUAAAAGGAUCAUUUACUAAUCUUACAGAGCUUCAGGUAUGGCACUCGAGAUUUGAUUUCAAAACAAACAACCCUGUGUUCUUUGAGCAACUCACUCCAAUUAAGUUAUCGGAGGGCACUUUUACAAUCAACCUUCAAGAGGAUGAAGUAUAUACGUUAACAACACUUCAAACAGGUUUAAAAGGAAAUCAUUCAAAGCCACCUGACUCCCAGCCUUUUCCUAAAAAGUAUAUGGAUGAUUUUAAAGUUCGAAACCCUCAAUUCUCUGAAGCUCCAUACUUUGCUGAUCAGACUGGUGUUUUUGAGUAUUUUAUUAAUACCUCUGAUCCUGGGGACCAUGUAUUUACUCUGCGUCAAGUUCUCAUUCAACGUCCAGUUACAUGGGUUGCAGAUGCUGAUCAAACGAUUAGUGUUAUUGGGGAUUAUAAAUGGCAGAAUAUUACAGUUAGCAGUGAUGUCUAUAUGGAGGCAGUUAACAAAGGUGGAGUCUUUAUUGCUGGAAGAGUGACUAAAGGAGGGGGAGAAGUGCGGAAUGCAAAAGGAGUUUUCUUCUGGGUAUUUCCAAAUGGAACUUACAAAGUUUCCAAUGAUAUCCAGGGACAUAUUGUGUUAGCCGUAGGUAAAUCGGGUACGAGAGCAGGCAUUUGGCAUACACUAAGCCUGCAAAUAAAGGGUUAUGAAGCGUCAGGUUUUCUGAAUGGAUACCCACUAUGGAAGAACUUGCGUAUCCUGGGACCAAAAAAUGGCUGGGCAGCAAUCGGUACAGAAAAGUUUGAAAAAGCACAGUUUGAUAACUUCUAUCUGGGAGCAGACUGAAAAAAUCCAAUUGCUAAAUUAAAAUGUCAAACUUAAUCAAGAGUGCAAAACCAAAAUGCUCUUCUAAUUUUAUUAUAAAUUCUUAGGCAAUAUACUGUAUAAAUUGAUUAUUAAAUGUAAAGGUUUUCUGAUUAUAAAUCCAAGGUUUUGAAUGAAGGAGAUCUGUGUAAAUACUACUCAUGCCUUUAAACUUAUUGCAUACAUUUUGAAUGUGCAAUUAUUGGAGAUUAAAAAUGUGCACUUUUUCAUUUUCAUGUAUACAUUUACUGUAUUUCAUGUUAGUAGAGAUUACCUCUGUUGCUGUCUGCCAUUGUAUGUUAUUUUUUUAUUAUUUUAAUCUAUUGUGAAUUAUUAAGUGAACAAAAUAUUUAGUUUUUUAUUUAUUAUUUAUAUGCAGGAACAAUUUAAAGGAAGAUCAUAAUAUAGCAAAAUCAAGUUUUUUUUUAUUUUUAUUUUAUUUACGAUAUGUGAGAACUACAUCAGCAUCUUACUCCAAGUUUAGGUCUGUUCUUUCAUGCUGUCUUGAUGAAAUUAUAACAAAAGCUGACUUUUAAAACAAGCAGUGUUCAAAUACUUGAGGUACUGAAUAAAGACAACUGCACUGAUUCCAUUCAGUCCGCCAACAUUGUGAAAUGCACUGAAUUUAUCAUUUUAUGUAAAACAAAUUGAAAUUUCAACAAUUACAUAUUCUAUAAAGCCAUUUCUGAUUCUUAAUUCAUAAGAAGUGCAUAAAAUAUAAUAAAAGUUUAGAAAAGCA